AUGGCGAAGUCGCGACGCGACACACUGUGUCGCGCGGCGACGUGCGGGGUUGUCGGAGGGCCUAAUUCCUUGCGGCGUCGGACACCGCACUUCCGCUCGCCUCCACCUCCCGGUUGCCGGGGCAACGCCGUCACGACUGGUGGCGGGCGGGCAGGGCUAGCAGCGAGAGGAAUGGAGGUGAACCCGGGCAGCAAGGCGGCGCAGCGGGGCGUUCGCGAGGGCGACAUCAUCUCGUCCAUCAACGGGCAGGCGACGCGCAACAUCACCAACAGCGAGGCGCACGGCCUGCUCAAGACUGCUGGGCAGACGCUGCAGCUGGGCCUCAACGAGUGA